ACGUCUCGUCAGGUCGUUGGUUCGUUCAAUUGUCGAAAGUUCGCUCUUUUUCGACAGCUGCUUCGCUUAUUUCCCCAAAGUCAUACCAAACAUCCCAUCUGCCGACCCAACACUCAGCCCGCAAUUCAGUAUUCGAUCAAAGCGCUGCGAAUCUGGUUGCGCUUUCGCACACACACCUCGUCUUUGUGGUCGCUAUUUACUGUUACAUCGCUGUGGAAUCCUUCGUGCGCGUUCAACGUCACCGGCGACGCCAUUGUUAUCUGUGCUGACCUCCGUUUGCUCUGUACGGCCAUUGAAAAGUCGAAAGCUCGAACGGUCGGUUGUACGCUGGUUCAAUUUUCGAAGCGGUCGUGAAGUAAAAUCAAACAUAAUUACUUAAUAUAAAACGCAGCGUAGAAAUUCGUAAUAAAAAGCCGAUUUUCGUGUCGUUGGAAAAGUUAAUUGUAAGUGAAAAGCCUGUGACUACGCGCGAAGCAUUGGAAAAUUCAUACGGGCUUAAUUGCAACCAGCAAAAAGGUUCCACAGCUAAACCGCAAACUGUUGAGAUAUUUGACUUUUUUAGAUUUUUCGCUUGGUGCAUUUGUCAUAUAACCGCUUUCAAAACGGCGCAGAAAUUCAGUCCACUCAAGCGCAAAACCGUUGCAGAGCCGACACAUCAACUCCUCAGCAACAAUAGUCGCGCACCACUCAGCAACAUGUCGCAGUUGAUGUUUUGGAAUAAACAGAACAACAACAAUAACAUAAAGAAUCAAUCAAACGAUAAUAAUAAAAACAAUAAUAACGGUGCUACCGAAGAUGCGAAAAAGGACAAACGCAAUUGGUUGCACACGCCCGAUGCGCUCGUGAAUGGCCAUGUCGUCUAUCUAGUCAAGUUCUUUGGUAAUUUGCCUGUGGAGCAGGCCAAAGGCAUUGAAGUGGUCAAAGAUGCCAUACGUAAGCUGCAGUUCGCACAGGAGAUGAAGAAAGCCGAAACUGGCACGCAGGAAAAGUGUAAAAAAGUCGAAAUCACCAUCAGCGUGGACGGUGUUGCUGUACAAGAGCCACGUACGCAGAAGAUCCUUCAUCAGUUCCCGCUGCACAACAUUUCGUAUUGUGCUGACGAGAAGGGUGUGAAAAAGUUCUUUAGUUUUAUUGCCAAAUCAGUUAAGCCACUGGAUGGCGGCAUUAAUGGCACCAACACUGGCAGCAGCAAUGGUGUGAGUAGCUCCAACGGCAGCAACAGCACCGGCGGCAGUAACGCCGAGGAGACACAUGAGUGCUUCGUAUUCAUUUCGAAUAAGUUGGCGUCGGACAUUACGCUGACCAUAGGACAGGCGUUCGACUUGGCUUACAAAAAGUACAUCAACACCGUUGAGAAGACAGAUCUGGGCAAAGCGCAUCAGCAGAAUGCCGAAUUGGAAAAGUCGCUCGCCAUUUACAAGAGUCGACUGCGCGAGUUAUCGUUGAAGCUGCCAAAAUCCGAACUGGAUUCGAUGCUUUUCAAAAUGGGCAUCAAAGAUAUACUGGAACUGCCGGCUGCUGAAAAUGGAGCUCUAACCAACGGCAACGCCACCAAAGCGAACAUGCUUGAAGAUAAACUGUUGAUUGACACGAAUUCAACGCAUUCGAUGAAAUCAUCGUCGGGAUCGUCGUCAUCCUUUGUGCCAAUCGUGCCGCCACGCAACAAUCUGCCAAGCCAAAUCAUACACAAAUCGAAUAGCCAAAAAAUGGAGGAGCUGCUGCUUAACUCCGAUUCGGAUAGUGACUUUGAUCCGCGUGCCGAUGAGUGCGUCGACGGUGGCAGCAACAGCAACGGCGGUGGCGUUGGCGGUGGCGGUAACGGCAAGAACAUUAGCAAUGAUCUGUUCGGCUUUGAGCCAACCCAAUCGUAUGGCCAACAAUUGUUUACCAAUCAGAAUAACAACAUGAACAACAAUAACGAUAGCAAAUCGGUGAACAACAACCACAAUGGCAUUAAUUUGAGUUUGAGCAGCGUCAGUGUCGGCAACAACGGCAAUAGUUUAAGCAACAACAAUUUCACAAACGAUCUAACACCGCCAUUACUGGCACCUCCACCUAAAGUGGCCGCACCUAGACGCAGUACAUCGGUCACGAACAGCAUCACAAGCACAAACAACAAUAAUAAUAUAACCGUGACCAACGGCAAUACAGAUUUAUUCGGCUCGGAUCCAUUCGAAAUAAAUAAUGGACCCAGUAUUUUCAAGAGCAAGCUGAUGAGCGUAGAUGACUUCACGUUGGAGAGUUUGGAUCCACUGAGGAAGUAGACCGGUAGCGCGCCAACCUGAGCGUCAUCGAAGCCACUUUAUAUUGGUUAUGUGAACGCUCUAUUAAAUGCUUCCAACACCAAAUGAACCAACAGAACAAUCACUACGUUCGCAUAGCAAGGCGUUCAUUUGGGGGCUUACCUAGUAUUUUCAGUGUCGAAGCGAUAAUAUAAAGUUAAAACAAAUGCUUAAAACUGUAAUAUGUUUGCAUCGAAUAUUUGUAUACAUUUACUUACAUACAUACAAGCAAAUAUAGAAUUUUGUAUAUACACGCAUGCAUUAGUUAAAUAUUAAGUAAUAUUAAUCCGCGUGUAACAGCACGGCGUUACAGUGAUACACACGCACAUAGAAAGCAUAUAUGUAUGUAUUUAUAUAUCUAUAAUUAUUAUGUAGUUUCAAUUGGGCAGAUUCAACAAAAUUUUUGCUUACCUUCAAGUAACGAUAUUGCUUUCUGUUUGCAAGUACACAUGUAUGUUUGUAUGUUUUAUCCUUUCCUUCUUUCUUUAUUUCUGUAAUUGAACCGUGUAGUGCAGCAUAAGUUCCACAGUUUCGUCAAUGUUCCGCUUAUUAUGACGCAAUAAAUAAAUGAUAAAUGAUGUGUAUAAAAUAUUUUAUUUAUUACGUUUUUUUAUAAAUAUAAAUAUUACUAUUUGUAUGUAUAUGUAUCGAAUCUAUUGAUUUAAUUAUUUUAUUGCAAUUAUUAUCAAAUUAUGAUUAUUGAUGAUGUUGAUGCUGAGGGGUUCGUUAAUUAUGCUACAGUCUAUAGAUAAUAAUGUUAAAGAAAGAAAAAUUGUGAAAAGUGAUAGCAAUAGACAAUCCUCUCCCGCCCCCUUAUACUCGUAUAUGUAUUAAUAUUUGGUAGGUAUAUGCAUACAUAUGCCUCCUCAACCAAAACACUCACACAUGCGCACUCUGUAAAAGUAACAGUUAUAAAUGUGUUUAUGCUAGUAAUGAUCACUAUGAUUACGAAUAUUUUAAAAGUUUAUGUAAAAUAAUUUAAAAUAAAUUUAUUAAUACAUUCGUACAUAUAUAAACGUCAUAUGUGCACACGCACACACACACACCCACACACACGUCUACAAUAAAUAAUGUUUAUAUAAAAUGCAUUGUUAUAUAAUGAGUAUGAAAUCGAGGAUGUUUAGUUGAGAACGAUGAUUGAUAAAGAUUAUGUUUAUUAUAAAGAUGAUGAUGUAGCUGGUGAUUAUUAUUAUUAUUAUUAUUACUAUUAUUAUUUUGUACGUUGUACGUUAUUUACUAGCGAAGUAUAUAAAUAAAGAAAUAAAAAAAAAAACAAUAAAUUGUGGAAAAUGCA